ACAAACAUCACAACACAACAGAAAGCUAAAGCAGAAGAGAGCGAGGAAGCCAAGCAAGCGAGCCCUAUUCUCUCUCUCUCUCUCUCGAUUUGAUCUUUUUCCCACCAAUCACAGACCCCACAUUACACAAUUUCUCUCAAUGCCAGCUUCACCUUCCUUUCAUUCAGAUAGUCGAAAAUGGAAGAGGCGAAAGCGGGAGCCACGAAAACCCAAGCACGAAGACGACGACGUAGAGGACGAAGACGAAGAACAAGACAACAACAACGAAACGGACCAUCACAAUAAUAAUCAUAACGGUAAUAUGGACAACGGAGAUGACUUACAACACGCCGCGACGGCGCCAGAUCCGGCGGGGAACGAGAACGAGGUCUUGAUCGACGGUGGUACGCGCAUCUGCGAGUUUCCUCCUGUGGUUCGGCAAGCGGUGAACCGGCCGCACGCGUCUGUGAUGAACGUUGUGGCGAUUGAGAGGGCGAAUUUGGUCGGGGACAGUAGUGGUAGGAGUUCGGUGAUGGUGUUGGAGAAUAUUUCGUACGGGCAGCUGCAGGCUUUGUCGACUGUGCCUGCCGAUUGCGCGGCGUUGGAUCCGGAGAGGGGUGAUGGCGGGAAUACGGCGUCGUGUGUGAUUACUCCUCCGCAAAUUAUGGAAGGAAAGGGGGUUGUAAAGAGGUUUGGAAGUAGAGUUCACGUUGUUCCUAUGCAUUCAGAUUGGUUCUCACCAGCCACAGUACAUCGACUGGAGAGACAAGUGGUGCCACAUUUUUUCUCUGGAAAAUCACCAGAACAUACACCAGAGAAAUACAUGGAAUGUAGGAACUAUAUUGUUGCCAAGUACAUGGAUAAUCCAGAGAAGAGGCUUGCAGUUUCUGAUUGCCAGGAUUUGGUAGUAGGUGUUAACAAUGAAGAUCUAAAUCGAAUUUUUCGGUUCCUUAAUCACUGGGGGAUCAUUAAUUACUGUGCUGCUGCACCAAGUCCAGAGCCUUGGAAUAGUGGGUCCUAUUUGAGGGAGGAUUCUAAUGGUGAGGUACAUGUGCCGUCAGCCGCUUUAAAGUCCAUUGAUAGUUUGAUCAAAUUUGACAAGCCCAUGUGUAGACUCAAGGCAGCUGAAGUAUAUUCAUCAUCAUCAUGUCAUGAUGAUGAUUUCUUGGACUUGGACAACAGAAUUCGAGAGCGUUUGUCUGAAAAUAAUUGCAAUUAUUGUUCUCAGCCAAUUCCAGUUGUGUAUUAUCAGUCACAGAAGGAGGUUGAUGUACUUCUAUGCUCUGAUUGUUUCCACGAAGGGAGAUUUGUUAUUGGUCAUUCAAGCCUAGAUUUUAUUAGGGUGGAUCCUACAAAAGAUUAUGGUGAUCUAGAUGGAGAAACUUGGAGCGAUCAAGAAACAUUUUUGCUGCUUGAGGGUAUAGAAAUCUACAAUGAUAAUUGGAAUGAAAUUGCAGAGCACGUUGGUACCAAGUCAAAAGCACAAUGCAUCCUCCAUUUUGUCCGUCUACCCAUGGAGGAUGGCCUACUAGAAAGUAUUGAGGUUCCCAACUUGUCCAAGCCAUCUGAUUCAUCAAGUAGAGAUGAUACUGGAAGAUUACAUUCAACUUUAAAUGGUGAUCUACCAGGAUCAUGCCUUCAAGAAGUUGAUUUGGAAAGUCGGCUUCCGUUUGCAAAUUCCGGGAAUCCAGUUAUGGCCUUGGUUGCUUUUUUGGCCUCUGCUGUUGGACCCAGAGUUGCUGCAGCUUGUGCUCAUGCAGCCUUGGCAACACUGUCCGAACAGAUGGAAGGAUCGGGACAUGGUAACAGAAUGAACGCAGAAAGUGUACGUACUAGGGAAGUUGGUUUUCAUGGAGAUAUUGCAAAUUCAAUUCAGCAAAAAGAAGAGAACUCGGCCCAUGGUUCGUGGGGUCAAAAUGGGGUGGAGGUUUCUCCAUUACCUGCAGAUAAAGUUAAAGUGGCUGCCAAAGCUGGUCUUUCUGCGGCAGCAACAAAGGCGAAACUAUUUGCAGAUCAUGAAGAGCGAGAAAUUCAGAGGCUUUCUGCUAAUAUAAUAAAUCAUCAGCUGAAGAGACUGGAGCUGAAGUUGAAACAGUUUGCAGAAGUGGAAACCUUGCUAAUGAGAGAGUGUGAACAAGUUGAGAAGACAAGGCAGAGGUUUGCUGCAGAUCGGGCCCGUGUUGUAUCAGCUCGGUUUGGUACUGCUGGAGUCCCUUCACAAGUGAAUUUGCCAAGCGCUGCUCCUUCCAUGGUUAACAACAACAUGGGUAACAAUCGACAACAAGUAAUGUCAGCCUCAUCUUCGCAGCCAAGUAUUCCAGGUUAUGGCAGCAGCCCCAGCCAACCAGUCCAUCCCCACAUGCAGUUUAGGCCGCAGCAGUCUAUGUUUCCAAUGGGACAGAGGAUGCCUAUAACAUCUUUACAAGCAUCAUCUUCAUCACCUUCAAAUGUGAUGUUCAACACCCCAGGUAACGCCCAGCCUGCUAUGAAUCAUCCGAUGCUGAGGUCUGUAUCAGGUACUAGUUCAGGCCUUGGUUGAUAUAUAGACUACUUAAUGUAUACUUGGAGUCAUGUCCUAUCCUUCAAUUGUAUUUGGUGGUUGGUUUCUUACUCCUGCGCUGCCAUGGGAAGAAGAGAUAAGACCUGAGAGAUUCACCUUUGAAAAUGUUUACUUCGAUCAGUACAGAAAUUUCUAUGGGCAGUUUGUAGGGUCUUGUAACACCACACGAUUAAUUGGUGUUUGGAUCUGAUCUUGAAUUAUUGCAAUUGAAAAAUGAAAAGUUAAUUUUGUAAAAUGGAUGGAUUAUAUUAGUGUAGAAUGUGAAAUAAAUUAUGGCCUUCGAU